AUGGCAGCGAACCGAUCCGACUUCCACGAAGGUGCUCCUGCGAAGCGCCAAAAGACAUCUAAUGGCAACACAGACCCGCGAAAUAAUCCCUACCUCCAGCACAUGUAUCCUGAUGAGGGUACGGAGAAGACUAGCAAUGGUUAUGAUACGCCCCCGAGACGAAUGAACGGCUUAGCUGGCUCUGGGCCGCUUGCGCGAUUUCAACGACAUGGGACGACGGCUGCUUUGGCUCGAAGUGCAGAAGAUGGCAAGGCGAAUCCAUUCACAGGACAACCCUUCUCAGAGAGAUAUUUUUCCAUCUUACAGACCAGACGAGACCUCCCCGUUCAUUCUCAAAGGGAUGAAUUUCUCCAGAUGUAUCAGAAGUGCCAAAUCCUGGUCUUCGUGGGUGAGACUGGAUCUGGGAAGACUACUCAGAUUCCUCAGUUCGUUCUCUACGAUGACCUGCCCCAGCUGAAUCGAAAACUUGUAGCAUGUACGCAGCCUCGGAGGGUAGCAGCAAUGUCAGUUGCACAACGUGUCGCGCAAGAAAUGGAUGUGAAGAUGGGUGAGGAGGUCGGUUACAGCAUUCGGUUUGAGGAUAUGACGUCCCAGAAAACUAUUCUAAAGUACAUGACGGAUGGAAUGUUACUGCGAGAGGCUAUGAACGAUCACGACCUAUCGCGCUACAGUACCAUCAUACUCGACGAAGCUCACGAAAGGACACUCGCAACAGACAUCCUGAUGGGCCUUCUCAAGGAGGUUGUGGUUCGUCGGCCGGACUUGAAACUCAUCAUCAUGUCCGCCACAUUGGAUGCGCAGAAAUUCCAGAGGUACUUCAAUGAUGCACCGUUACUGGCUGUACCUGGCAGAACUCACCCAGUCGAGAUAUUCUACACUCCUGAACCAGAGAGGGACUACGUAGAGGCAGCUCUUCGAACCGUUCUCCAAAUCCAUGCUACCGAACCAGAGGGGGAUAUACUACUAUUCUUAACUGGCGAAGAGGAGAUUGAGGAUGCAGUGCGGAAGAUCUCUCUGGAAGCUGAUGAGAUGGUUCGAGAAGCCGAUGCGGGCCCAAUGAAAGUCUAUCCGCUCUAUGGUACACUCCCACCGGCACAACAGCAAAAGAUCUUCGAGAAGGCCCCAGGACCUCGGAAAGCUGGAGGACGACCCGGGCGCAAGUGCAUUGUUUCCACAAACAUUGCCGAAACCUCGCUUACUAUCGAUGGUAUUGUUUAUGUGGUAGAUCCAGGGUUCUCCAAACAGAAAGUGUACAACCCAAGAAUACGAGUUGAGUCACUUCUUGUGUCGCCUAUAUCAAAAGCUUCUGCCCAACAGAGAGCUGGUCGCGCCGGUCGUACACGGCCCGGAAAGUGCUUUAGACUAUACACUGAAGGCGCCUUCAAGAAAGAGCUCAUCGAGCAGACAUAUCCAGAAGUCCUGCGCUCGAAUCUAUCAUCAACAGUGCUAGAAUUGAAGAAGCUCGGGAUCGACGACCUUGUCCAUUUCGAUCUGAUGGACCCCCCUGCACCAGAAACCCUGAUGCGCGCACUGGAAGAGCUGAACUACCUUGCCUGCCUGGAUGACGACGGGGAGCUCACUCACCUCGGCCGUCUCGCCUCAGAAUUCCCUCUCGACCCGGCCCUGGCCGUAAUGCUCAUCUCCUCACCAGAAUUCUACUGCUCCAACGAGAUCCUUAAACAUACAGUAUUCAUUCUCACUGCAGUGAAAUGGUAUCCAUAG